UUUUCAUAUAUGGGCUACUUUUAGUGCAACAACAAAAACAACAGCACCAAAGUGAAAACGGAAAGUAGUUUUGCGACUUCAACGUAACAGCUGCAGCAAGGAUUUUGAGUGCCACAUCAGCCGAGUCACCAGUUCAUUUACCAAUAUGUCCAUCAAUUUGAGAACAGUUUACGCCUUUGCGAGGGAAAUGUACCCAAAAAUCUCGACGACACCCAUUCAAUAUGGAACAGCUGGAUUUCGCGGCAAAGCUGAAUUUUUGGACAGUGUAAUGUUCCGUAUGGGCGUUCUUGCCACGCUCCGAUCCCGUUAUCGAGAAGGUGCUGUAAUCGGAGUUAUGAUCACUGCCUCACAUAAUCCGGAGCCCGACAAUGGCGUCAAACUGAUCGAUCCCAAGGGUGAAAUGCUGGAGUCCAGCUGGGAGACAAUUGCCACCGAUUUGGUGAAUGUCAGCGAUCAGGAACUGGAGCAGCAUGUGGCCAAAAUAAUCAAAGACAAUAAUAUUGAUGUGACGACAAGUUCGCAUGUCUUCGUCGGCAUGGACAAUCGUUAUCAUAGUCCGCGUCUGCUCAAAGCGGUUGCGGAUGGUGUCAUCGCAUUGAAGGGAAAUGUGCGGGAAUUUGGAAUUGUGACAACACCCAUGAUGCACUUCUUUGUGGUGGCUUCCAACACAAAGGAGGCGUACGGCAAACCCACCGAGGAGAACUAUUACGAGAAACUAAUAUCGGCAUUUGAGAAACUGCGCAAUGGUCAGCUGGAAAAUGGCAAAUAUCGCAACAAUCUCAUCUUUGACGGUGCAAAUGGCGUUGGGGCACGAAAAAUGUUGCAAUUCCUGAAGCGCAUGAAUAAUUCGUUGGCUGUGACAGUGAUUAACCAAGGCAUUGGCAGUGGCAAAAUCAAUGAGGAGUGUGGAGCUGAUCAUGUCAAGGUGCAGCAAAGACCACCGAUAUCGAUGCCAAUUGUGGAGCCCUAUACGAGAUGUGUUAGUGUCGAUGGCGAUGCUGAUCGUGUUGUCUACUUCUUUAGCGAUGAGAACGGACAGUUCCAGCUGCUGGAUGGGGAUCGUAUUGCCACCUUGGUCGCUGGCUACCUCAUGGAUUUGGUCAAGAGUUGCGAACUAGACCUGAGAUUGGGCCUGGUGCAGACUGCGUACGCGAAUGGGGCAUCAACGGAUUACAUUGUCAACGAACUGAAGGUGCCCGUUUCAUGUGUUCCAACCGGUGUCAAGCAUUUGCACCAUAAGGCCUUAGAAUAUGAUAUUGGCGUCUAUUUCGAAGCCAAUGGCCAUGGCACAAUUGUGUUCAGUGAUAGCGCAAAGCUCACGAUUAGCGAAGCGGCGAAGACUAAGCCAAAGGCCAGGGAUUUUCUCUUAAUUAUAGAUCUCAUCAAUGAGACUGUCGGAGAUGCCAUCUCCGAUAUGCUCUUAGUGGAGACGAUUUUAAACCACAAAGGUUGGGAUGUUAGAGACUGGAUUUCCAGCUACGUUGACCUGCCAAAUCAACAGCUUAAAAUACAUGUUAAGGAUAGAAACGUCAUCAAGACAACAGAUGCGGAACGCGUUUGUGUGAAGCCGGAGGGAUUACAAGAUGAGAUUAACCAAGUUGUUGCUAACUAUAAACGCGGACGUGCCUUCGUCCGUCCCUCCGGCACAGAGGAUGUUGUACGAGUUUACGCUGAGGCUUCAACGAAAGAAGAUACCCAUCAGCUGGCCUACGAAGUGGGCAUACUAGUUCAGAAACUGGCUGGCGGAGUGGGACCGGAUUUAGUUAAGCCCAGCAAUGCUCAUUUGUAGUCAAGAUUUUUUUAGUAGAACCUUUCAUUUGUGCAGCUAGAUGAGUGCUUAGACAUAAUCUCACAGAUUCGCAUUUAACCGGCGUGCCUAGUUGCCACGGGGAACUGGGGAACAAUAUACGCAGCCUUAAACUAUACACUUUCAAACAAUCACUCGCAAAUGCAUUUAUAAAUAUUCGUUGCAAGUGAUUCAUUUGUUAUGUUUACAACAAAAAAAAAACUAUCCAAAUUCUUAAGCAAGUUUUUACAUAUUAUUUACAACAAUUUCGAUUAUAAAACAAAUCUUAAAACAUAUAAGAAAGAUCUAGUCGUUGGUGCUCAACUAUCGUACUUUUAAAUAUUUCUACACAUCAACAUAUUAAUAUUUACAUAAAUAUACUUGAGAUUUGGAGACAUCUAAGCGAAAUUCUUGCCUCAAAAUACGUAAAACUGCCACAACAGGAACGAAUUUUUAUUAAGUCGUCGUAUUAUUGUAAACCUUUACCCCUGCAACUUCUAUCUGUAAAUCAUUUUUAGUUUUGUAUAUCCCAUUAAAUGUUUUAUGUAUAAUUUUACAUUAAAAAAAAAGUUUAAGGAUUACUGAUACCCAAUUUAUUAAAAGAUUGUUGACAUCUUCAAAAAAUAUAUCAUUAAAUUUAAUGACUUUUUAGAUUACCUGAGUGUAUGUUCUACUAUCAGAUUAUCAUUAAUAAUGCUAUUGAAUUAUGAAACAAUCAAAUUGCUAUUUUAAUUUUUAUUAAAAUUAUACAAAUUAUA